AUGCGACUCAUCCGAAACUUUCCCUGCCAGGGAUACCGACAGCUAGAAGAGUUGCUGCAAAACGCAUCCAGCGCAUCUCUUCCUGGAGACUCGUCCUCAAGCCGCAUUGAGACUGUGGAGGAGGACCACCCAGAUGGCCUGGAGACUGUUGUCCUGGACUGCGACCAGACAGUGGCCGCUUCCGGGACAGAAGUGGUCUUCCCUUUGAGGUCUUCGCUGCGCAAGCACGGGGCAAAACAGCAAAACUGCCUUGAGGAGUGGUCACGUCGUCAUGAGCAGCUGCGCAAGGAGGCUUUCCUGCGUAUGCAGACCUUGCUCCAAAGCAGGCGGCAGCCACCUCAAGGUGCGACUUUCAACAACAUCCCUGGAUGCUACAAGAGUUCAAGUGAUGACCUCUGUGACUCCUCAUCGGAGGACCAUGCCAUGAAGGAUGUGGGUGAGACUGGUGGAACACCUGAUGUGCAACAAGCAACUCGGCAGGGGACAGCUUGGACGCCGGCAACCGUGGACUGGUGCAGGUGGAUUUUCCUCAUAUUGGACGAUCCUGAGCAUUUCAUCAUCGGCAAAGUUAUCUCAGCUUUCAUCAUACUCACCAUUUUGGUCAGCACAACCACUUUCAUCCUGGAGUCCAUGCCCAGCUUUCAGCAUCGACCUGCGCUUUGUGAAGAGUUGUUGCUGGCAGGGCAGCCAAUCACCAAAAUCGCUUGCGAACCAGUGCCAGAUGAAAGUUUCUUCUACUUGGAAAUAGUGUGCAUUGCCAUCUUCACAAUCGAAUAUUUGGCGCGGCUCCUCACGUGCCACACGGAGCCGAACUUCGGCGGCAGCGCAGUGGGGCGGACCCUUCGCUAUGCCAGGACGCCUUUGAAUAUCAUUGACAUCCUGGUGGCUGGGCACAUGAAAAGAUGA